AUGAGUUCCGCCGCGACCUCCGGUUUCACCGCCGCGUUCUCGUCGUCGCCGAAACCAACGACGAUGUCCUCGUCCGUACAGAACAGAAUGUCGGAGUCGUACGGGAAAUCGUCGUCGCCGGCGAGUUUCCGAAGUUCGUCCAGCGUGAAAGGCGCUUCGCCUUUGCCCAAAGACGUUCCGCAAACGAGAAUCUCUGGGUUUGGCGUGAAGGCGCAGACGACAACGACUAUGAAGAACAGCUCUUCAUCGUCAGAGUUGGCGAAGACACCACCGAUGUCGACGCCUACGCGCGUAUCUCCGUCCUUGUCAUCGAAUUCGCUCCAUUCCAGCGGCAUGUUCUCGCCUUCCUCGGCGGCGGAGGAAGGAGACUUUAAAACGCACGCUGGUUUCGACACGACGACGACGACUAAUGCGGCGUCCACGACGACAUCAUCAACACCACCAAAGCCUUUGACGCAUCAUUUAAAGCCACCGGUGUCUCCAAACUCGAAAGCGAGCUUGUUUUCAGUCGUUUCGAGAAACACGUCGCAGUUGACGACGCAGCUCUCCAAGGAGCUCGGCAAAAUGAUAGGGGCGCGUACCUCCGAAGAAGAAGAUGCCGGCAUUGAGAGUCUUGGAUUGAACGAAGAAAACGCUGCUAUCUUGAAUGGUUUGAUUGAAGAAUACCCGAAAUCGUUCGAGUCGAGAGAAGUUCAAAAAGCGUUCAAAGUGUGCGUCCAAGCGCACUCGGAUUUUGGACACCGACCGUUGUUGUUGGAUUGCGUCGGCACGGCUAAGAUUUUGUGCGAAUUGGGAGCUGACGCUGGUAUCAUUUCGGCGGCGCUGCUGCACGAUGUGACGACCACAACUUUACUCAAUAAAGACGAUUUGUUGUUGAAAGGUAUCAGCGAAGAAGUUACGAAGCUCGCGAUGGAUGUCGGAAAAUUGACGGUCGUGUCAAAGUUACACCAAGCGUCGGGGCGUGACUUGGAGGUUGAAGAAAUGCGUUCUCUCCGCGAACUGCUAUUAGCUAUGACAGAUUCGCGAGUCGUGAUCAUCAAACUCGCGAAACGUUUACAAACUAUGCGAACGAUGAAGGAGAACGUGUCGAGAUCGAGACGCGGUAAACUCGCCGAAGAGACGCUCGCCGUGUUUGUGCCCAUCGCGAACCGAUUGGGUAUGGCCACCAUCAAGAAUGAAUUGGAGGAUAUUUGCUUCAAGACGUUACACCCGGAGCAAUACGAAGAGUUAUGCGCGCAGUUGAAGCGCGUAUCUUCGAAGGAAACGAUUCUGAAGGCGAUGGAGUCGUUCGAAUACGCCAUCUCAAACGAUACUUCCAUGGAAGAGUUGAAGCCGAUGGAAAUCGUUGGCCGCGAGAAAGGAUUGUAUUCCGUGUAUAAAAAAAUGAAAAAGAAAAACAUCAAGCUCGAAGACGUUCGCGACGUGCGCGCCAUUCGAAUCAUUAUCCCGGACAGUGCUGGUAAGGAUGGGUGCGAGUUGGUCAUUUCGAAAGUGCACGGACUCAUGUCAAAGGUUCAAGGUAGUUUUAAAGACUACGUCUCGAGCCCGAAAUCGAACGGGUACCAAUCUUUACACACCGUCGUGAAAGAUGAAGCCGGGAACAAUUUGGAAGUCCAAGUGAGAACGGUGUCUAUGCACAUGCAAGCCGAAUUCGGCGUCGCAGCGCAUUGGCGGUACAAAGUGAACGAUACUUGUUUGUCGUCUCCGGUGGAUGAGAGUGGAAUUCGAUGGGCUCGUUUCGUCCUUUCUCGCAUGCAAGAUGUCAAAGAUAAAUCCAAAGUACGCUUGCCAGGGAAACCUUCGAUGGAGAACACCUUCCCGUUUCCGUCGUCGGCGUCGUCGAGCGACAACGAAUCAAUGGCACCGUUGGACGUUUCCGGUUCUUUCGAUGAGUUUACCGUUCUCGAAGAUGCCAUGAAGAGAGCAAACGUGAAUGACGCGUUGUCCUCUUCGCCAAACGCUGGUAGUCCUUCGGCGCCUAAAAUGACGUACGUCAUUUUGGUCAUCGACGGUUCUAUGAGCAUCAAAGAAGUCGAAGCCGGUUCUCGAUUAUCGGAAGUUGAUUUGCUCGACGAUCAAAAGACGAUGCCGGCGGUGAGAAACGGUUUUUCGAGCGAGUUUGUCGGCAUCCGGACGUUGCGGGUAAAUCGCGAGAACGUCGACAUCGACGACGUUCACAAUUUUGAAAUGAAAUUAGGCGAUGUAAUCGAGGUCACGCGGUCUCGAAUCUCACGUUAUGACUUUGAGGAGAACGAGAGCGUGGUAUCGGCAGAGGCGGCGGCAUCGGCAGCGAAUGGUUCCAACUCCAAAGCCACGUACUUCCCGGAUUUGGAAGUUCACGCGAUGCCGGUUGCGUGA